UUAAUUUUGAAGAAAGUUUGGUUCAUUUUUGAAUUGUAAAAUAAAUCAAAUAUUUUUUUGGAAGUUGCAGAGUUGCUCAAGGUUAAAGGAGUGCUUCAGACCAACCUUAAAUAAUCCACGGACCACCAAAGUAACGUUUGACUGUUUAAUUAAAUCAACUCAGAGCAGAACACACAAGCAGCCAGCCUAUAGCGGCAGCCUAACCAUGAACAAUUAUAAUGCCAUUAUUAUUAAUAAUACAGCUAUAAAACAACACACAAACGUCUCAAUGCCUGGAGAGACGCAACGUCAAAUACACAACACAACGAUGCACAAAAUCCAAGUCCAUAAAAGCGGGUCUUACCUAACACAGAAGCGACCACAGAGGCCUAGGUUCAGCUGCCUCUGCUCGACUACGUCCAGUAACCCAUGAUGUGGACAGGCGAUGGCCUGAUUUAAGCCAAGAUGUGAUGAAAGGAGUUGGAUCGAAUCUCUCCAAUGGAGGUCCAUUAAGGUCCACAAAAAGUAGUGAUGAGAGGCUGGCUUCACGCAGUCUAUUGCGAGUCUUAAUGUCAGUGUCAUUUACAGCUGAAAAGCCCCUCUCGCACUCCGAUGACGUGGGCAGGUAUGUUCUGCUUGCUAUGGACAGCUUCUGCAGCGUUUCGCCUGGUGCAUCAUCUUGUAACUUCCAGUCGCGAAACUCCUGCACUGCUUCACUGGCAGAUUCGCCAAGUGUUUUCGCAAGGGCCAGUAUUUCUUUUUCUCCAUAAAGGAUAAGUACUUUGCGGUCCUGUGGCCAAAAGCGCUUGUCAAGGGGUUUGAGCAUAUGAACGAGAUCUGACUCUGGCAUUCGCUUCUUAAGAUUGUCGAUGACAGCCUGAUAGAACUGACCCCUUUUAAUCUUACCGCUGCUCUCAACUAGCUCCACACCUUUGAACAGUCCUUGUGAUAUGCGUUCCACAGCCUUCUCUGCUGAUUUACCUCCACACUCUUUUGUAGCGUAAAGUACAUCAAUGCACUGCUGAAUACGACGACUAGCACUCACUAAAUCGAUGUCCCUUUGCUGCAACCUUAGUGAGAGGGCCUGCAGCUCACGAAGCAUGUCUUUCAUGCAAGCCAGAUCGGCUACAAAUCCAGCGUUAGAGAGUUGUUUGUGGAGCCCAAGGUACUUCUUCCUAUCAGUGUCAUUGCGAGAUGGAUCCUCACUUGCGGUUUUAAAGUGGCUUGCUAAAGCAGGGUAGUUGUUCCAGACGGCUUUGACAGUUCUAAAACUACUUGCCACCCACCUGAUGGUAAAAAUCUGCCCGAUUUUCAAAACCUGCAUGUUCAACUCCUCUGCUGCCUCCUGGAGUAGUCUGGUAUUCUUUGCGGACUGGUGGUACAAAGCGUACAGUUUUGAAAUGAAAAACUCAAAGUGGUUACAUCCAGCAACAUCUUUUAGAGCGUCAUGGACUGCUAAUUCUGCGCGGUGGCAAAGACAAUGUACUGACUGGAUAUUUGGGAAAUCCUUUUUCAGGCGAACAAUGACUCCACUGUUUUUGCCCGUGAGGACAGACGCGCCAUCAGUGGCUAUGCUGAUGAGAUUAUUAGACAAAAACUCGUCAUCAAAACCUGCUUUACGUAGAGCCUCUCUCAGGCUGUUGUAGAUGGACUCAGCGUUUGUGCCCUCCGUUAAUUCUUUGAGGUCUAGAAAGACAUUAUCCACAGCCCCUUUUCCUGUCACGUAACAUCUCACAUAUAAAAUCAUAUAUGCACGUCCGUGCACUGUGCUCUCAUCGAUAGUGAUGCUUAUUUUUGACUGGGUCUUUUUAAUAUUAGAAACAAACUUGUUGCGCAUUUCAUGUGAAAUGUGCUCAAUAAUCUGAGCACAGGAUUUAUCGGAUCUGUGUACAGGGCCUACCUUUGCCCCAUUGAUCUCUUGGAGCUGCAUGACGGGUGGGAGUUUUUUAAAAGGCAUCCUUUCCUUUGCUACCAUAUAGGCAGAUCUGAAUGCGAUGGCCGUUUCCUCCAACAACUUUGCGUUGAUUGCAAGAAUCUUGUUCGGCAGUAUUGCUUUUUGUCUUGUUUCUGCCAGUUCAACUGCCCUGUUGUGCGACACACUAUCCCGGUGCUUAUAUAUUUUCUUACGAAAGUUGUUUUGUCUUUUGCUGGUUACUUCCCCGUUAAUCCACUCUUCUGACAAGUGUGUUCCAGUUUUAUCAAUGAGGACAAGGCAUUUAGCAUCCCUGCAAAGAGAACAUCCUACACAUCCAUCCUUGGAGAAUAGCCAUGGUAGGCGUUUGGUCCACUCAUCCCACUGUUGGCUGGUCCAGCCAGCCGGGACCACCCCCGCAACUUCGCAUCCCCUAUCUCCGGCAGCAGGCGGGAAGGAAGAGGAAGAGCCAUUGGGGUGAUCAUCAGCAUCAUCAUCCUCCUCUUCCUCAUCUCCUUUGACCUCUACUACUAUGGCUAUCUUCUUGGCUCUUGGCUCGUCUUGUUCUGUUUCUUUAGCCCCCACAGUAACGUUAACGUUAGUGGUCAAGUUAAUAUUAGAACUAACGUUAGCUGCCUCUUCUCUCGGCUUUGUAGUAGUCCCAACGUCCGAUGUGCUACCACCAGCUACAGACGGCUGGUCCUCUUUUUCAGUUUGUUUGGGCGUCUUUUUAUAGAAAUCACCCAAGGUGAGUUGCUUUCUUUUUUUAGAAAUGUCAGCAACAAUGGCGCACAGGUGACAGUCGUUUAAGCAAGUUAACUAAACAAGCUUGUGUGAUUGGGUAGUGGGGCUGCAGACAGCGCCCCCACGCUUCGAGCGGCAAUAAUGACGAGCAUUAGGCUACGUUGUUUUCAUGAAUCUUAAACUCAAAAUAUAAUUUUAUUUCACUUAUUUUACACCUUUUAGAAAGACAUGCCCAAAAUAGCAUUUAUUUGGAUAUCAUAUAAAUAUUUUAGAGCUCCCCCAAAAUUUCACAAACCAUGUUUCCAGGGGAGCUCAUGUCACCACUAGGGGAGCUAUAGCUCCCCCUGCUCCCCCUUAAUUCGCACACUGCCACCACGGACAAAGUGAUUGUUAAGCCAGAUAAUUUAAGAAGUACUGUUUGGCGCUUUUUUGGAUUCUGGUCAGUUGGAGGUAAAGUUGUCGACAAAUCCAAGGCUGUUUGCAAGUUAUUCGAUGCGGAACUGGCAUAUCACUCGACUACCACAAAUUUGAGGAUGCAUUUAAUAGUUGUUCAUCCGACCGAAUGGAACAAAGUUGGUGAAGACGAAGCAGACGGCCCCCUUCCCAAACAACCCAAGCUAACAGCGUUUUACAGCCCGACUACUUCUCUUCCCGCUGCAAAACAAGAGGCCAUCACUAAAAAGUUAACGGAGUUCAUUUGCAAAGACAUGCGGCCAAUCAGUAUAGUUGACGGCGUAGGUUUUCAGAAAUGUAUCCACAAAAUAAAUCCACGCUAUCAAGUCCCUUCCCGUGGAACUGUUAAAGUGUAAUUCCGGCGCCAAUUGAACACAGGAUCUUAUUUUUGGCAUGAAUACCCAUCAAAUAAGCCCUCCAGAUACCUUUUGAAUUGAAAAUCGAGUAUUAUAGUUUGCCGGGCGCAAUGUUUGGCGUCCAUGUUGUUGGCAUGGGGCAUAGUGUUUCGCUUCUAAAUCUGCAUUUUUUAACCACUAAUAUUGUUAAAAAUAGCACCAAACCUCUGCAGUAGCAUGACUAGGGUCCCUACACAUAAAACGAAGCAUAAACAACUUAGUUUACAAAGCCGGAGUUUAUUUAAAAAGACAGUUUAACAAGCAUUACCGGUAGGUCCGUGUUUCCAGGAAGUCCACACAAGUCGAUUGCCGAAUGCGCCGGAGUUCAGUUCAAGGAGGAAAGUUUGGAAUUUAUAAUUUAUAUAAUUUAUAUUUAUAAAUAAUAUAUAGCAAGUGUUGAAACAUAAAUUAAAGGAAUUGCACAUUUAAGUUACAGUUACAAAAUAAUUGUUCGCUACAAUCAUGCAUGGCAUGUUGUUGAAGAAAGACGCACUGCACUCUUGAUUGACGCAUCGAAACACCUGUGAAGACGAGUCGUAUACAGCUUGCAGUCUAGAGAGUGAUGGUUCGCGUUUGUGUUUUCCCCGGCUGCGGAAAAAAAAAGAAGAGUUACACUCAAGAAACUUUUCAUAGACUACCAUUGCGGUACAAUGACCAAUCUCUGUUAGAACAGUGGCUUAUUAUUCUGCAUAUGGACAUUGAGACGCCAAUCAAGACGCUAAGGCAGAAGGAUGACCGUGUCUGCAGUGCUCAUUUCGAUAAGGACGAUUUCCUCAUUCCGAAAAGAGCUGCUGACCCAAAGAACCCAAAAAGAGUUUUACUGAAGAGAAAUGCGAUCCCUCGAGUGCGGCAAGCGGCUACGGAUAGACUUGAGGCCAGCACAUCGACUGUUUACAUUCAGCUGCCUCUCUCAAGGGAUGUUGCAUGCCAGACGGACCAUUUGAAAACGCGUACUGAAGGCACACAGCUAUCCUUUAGGACUUUGCAGACCCACAUUAAAAGUGAAGGUGUCCAGGCAAAUGUGUUCUGCAAGGAUUUCGGUGUUGGCACAUCGAAUGCAGACCCUUUGUGCCUGUCAUCGACACCAAUAAGAAGACCAUCCAAAAGACCUCGGGUAGACCUUGAGGAAGAGCUGGAGGACAAUCCAUUGGAGGUCAGCUCUUUAUUGGAAGCUUCUAAUGGACCGGAUUCCACUUAUGAUCCUUCUGACUCCAUCACAGCAUUGUUAGACUCUACACUAAAGUCAGAAGAUUCAUCCACUGCAACACCCAACGGCAAGAAAUACAUGGUGUACGAGAGCUGCAUCAUGGAAUUGUUUAAUGCAUGUCCAGUCUGCACGAGGGCAUGUGAAGUUACAACCCAAAGGCUGGGGACAUUCCUGUCUGUGAAGCAGCAGUGCCCCCAUUGCACAUUCGGAAGACGCUGGAAUAGCCAGCCUAUCCUUGGGAGCACGCCAGCUGGAAAUCUGCACCUUUCUACCGCUGUGUACCUGAGUGGUGCAUCUUUCCUAAAAAUCGAAAAGGUCUUCAAGGCAAUGAAGCUACAGUUGUUUCGGUAUGAAACAUUUCGCCGCCAUGCCAAAAGUUUCAUUGAACCAGCAGUUAUUCACCAGUGGAAAGUCCUAAAUGAUUUGAAUCUGCAGCGGCUAAGUCAAGAGGAAAUGGUGAUACUUGGUGGUGACAUGAGAGCUGACUCUCCAGGUCACUCUGCAAAGUAUGGGAGUUACACAAUGAUGGAUCUCCAUACUAAGACCAUUGUGGACAUUCAGUUGGUCCAGAGCAACGAAGUUGGUGGUAGCACCCAUAUGGAGAAGGAGGGACUGAAGAGGAGUCUAGCCUUACUGGAGUCGCGUGGCGUCCACCUUGACUGCAUUGUCACUGAUCGUCAUCCUCAAGUACAGACGUUCCUCAGGGAGAGAAACAUAACCCAUUACUACGAUGUCUGGCACUUUGCAAAAGGUAUUUCAAAGAAGCUGUUGGCAAUCAGGAAGCAGAAAGACGGUGAGAAACUGAAGAAGUGGAUGAAGAGCAUCAACAACCACAUAUACUGGACUGCAGCAGGCUCAACCUCCGGGCCAGAGAGAAUCGCAAAGUGGACCUCGAUCCUGAACCAUGUUCGAGAUGUCCAUGUACAUGAAGAUCCUCUUUACCCCAAGUGCGAGCAUGCGAUCCGCCAGACAAGUGACCGGAGUAAAUGGCUUCAAGCAGCAACUCCAACUUUCUCCAAGUUGGAGAAGUUGCUGACCAAUAAAAGGGCGCUGAAGGAUGUUGCAAAACUGAGCCCCCACCACCAAACUUCAUCUUUGGAGGCUUUCCAUGCGGUUAUUCUUCGUUUUGCCCCCAAAAAUGUUGUCUUUCCCUUUAUUGGAAUGCUGUGCAGACUCUACCUGGCUGCUAUGCAUUCAAAUCACAAUGUGGACCGACCACAGGCCGAAACAAAGGAAGGAGUACAGAUUUAUAUUUAUAAAAUCUCCUUUGCAAAGGCUAGGAAGGGAGAGUGCAGAGCUAAACCACAAAAAACACAGCAGACCUUUGGUUACGUUGAUGACAUCAUGGAUGUAAUUUUUGAGGAAGUCUUUCCCAACCCUACGUCAUACACCGAGGCCCUGUUGGAGAUCCCUGUUCCAGAGCCCCUAACGGCACAGUAUGAGAAGCCUGACAAGGAGGCGGUCAUCAGCAGCCUUGUGUCAAGGUUCAAACGGGGGGAUGUUUAAAACCAACAUAGUGGCCUUCCUCAGCAGGAAACUCGGAGCGGAUACGCAGGACCACACAAGCUGGAAUGACAACCCGGAUACGGCGUCCCAGGUGGCCCCAGCACCAGCUCACAAAGGAACGAUAGGAGAGAUACCUGUAGCGACUGAACAAUUGAUUCAGAGAAUAAGUCUUGCAGAUUUAUCAUUGCUUUGUUAUGAAAAUAAAUAUUACUAUGCUCCUAUGGCUGGUUUGUUCUGUAACUAUUUGAGUAGUUUUUUUUAGCUCGGAUAUAAAUACAUCUUCACAAAAUUAGGCACAAGAUUGAGAACAACUUCAUUUAUUUUAUUAAAUUCUGUAACAAUGCAUAACUUACUUGUGUAUUCUUCUCAAAUUUAGAGGACCAUAGUCGGCUCUAUAUAUUUGGCUGGCAUUCUGAAUAGAGUAAACAUUUAGGCAGACCGGCUCCAAUCCAGGAUGGUCAACCAUACACGUUGGAUGUAGUUCGACCUCCCGUAGUCUUCUAGUAACCUAAUUAGAAUUUGAAAGGGUAAGUUUUAUGUUUAUGCAUUAUGUGUCAAAUGAAGAGACAAAGUUGUUUCCAAUUUAGUGGAGAGUGCCACCUGCGGUAUCUCCAUGCAGCAAAUAUUCUCCUCUUCUGUGGGCAUGGUCGCACAUUUUCCACAACGGCACCUAUCCAUAAAAUAAAGGUAGAUGUAAUAAUGGCAGAGGUCUGACUAUAGUGGCUCUGGUAAGUGUCUAUAGCUAUACAUAUGACAGUGGACAAGCUGAUGUGAGAUGUAAAUCUUCACGAGUAAAUCAUGGGUUAUGUGUAACAUGACUUCAAUAUAGGUUGAAAUUAACC